UCUGUUAAACCACGUGCGUGUUUCUGUAAAUCAGAGCUUCAUCUUUCACGUGGAAACUCACCCGAACGUCACCUGGUUCACACAAUGCGUCACUUACAACAGCUUUCCUUCACCCUCCUACGAACUGGCCUACAACAUCUUCAACUUCAUCAUGGUCUACGCCCUGCCGCUCCUCGUCAUCGUCACGUCAUACAUGCUGAUCCUCGUGCAGAUCACGCGCAACAUGCGGAACGUCACGGGCAGCCCACCUGAGAUCGUCCACGUGACACGGGACGGGGCCGUCAGGACGCGCCUCAUCGUCCGGUCGUCUGCUCCCUGGAGACUCUGCAAGGCCAAGAUGCGAACUUUAAAAAUGACCCUUGUGAUAGUGAGCGUCUUCAUUAUCUGUUGGACACCUUACUUCUUCAUCUUGUCCUUGCACUGGUUCCACAAGGACUGGACACAGGAAAAACUCGACCACAAAGUCCAAAGAGCGCUGUUCAUCUUCGCAGUUUCAAACUCUUGCUUCGACCCUGCAAUAUAUGGAAUGUUCACGGCCACCUUCAGAAGGGAAGCUUCGAAGUGGGCGGAAUACAUGUACAAACAGUGUUUCCGGAGCAAGGUCUGACUAACGAAGGAAGAGAAAGCAGCGUGGGGGUAGAGAUGGGGGUAGGGGUGGGGAAACCUUCAAAAUGUUGUACCUCAACCUCAGACGUCUGCGAAGUGACCGCCGCCAAACUGAGGAGCCCUUCAGCUGCAUCUACAAGUUUCAGUCAGCUCACUAAUCAUCUCAGUGCACACAGCCACCAUUUGUCUCUUUCUGCCUUACUUGUACUUUCUUUCUAUCUUUUUUUUUCAUUUAGAGCCCAAGCUUCAACUUGUUAAAGGUCUACUAGGAUGCAAUUGUUUCCAAUAAUCCCAUAUUUCUGCUUAACCCUCAUUUUAUGUUUUUGUUCAUUGCUCCAAGCCUUUGCUAUUAUCUUGACAAUAUCUUAAUUGUAGUCACCCCAUCUGCUGCUGUGCACAGGAUGUGACCUCUGAACUACUGAGAGUCUACUUCCGGUCAAACAUACUACUUUAAAACAACGUCUCGAAUGUGAAGAAAAAGUGACUGAAGAACUUUUAGGAAAACCGAGACAGAGAAUAUGGGAAAGUCAAAGGUUAUUCUGCUUGACUACACUAGGAAACCUGCAUUCCUUCCUACUGAAGUAAUAUUUUAUCUCUGUCUAGACUGGAUGGGGGCGGUUGAUGGGACACGUGACAGAAGUCCUGUGUGAUUGGAGGAAAGACUCCUAGACAAAUCUUAGUCUGGCGACAUAAAGACAUAUGACAAGACAGGACAAUCACAAUACUUUAUCAUUCUUGCGGAAAUUAUUCCUCCUUGCUGUACAUCAUCUGUCGCUAAAGAAGGACUGGUCAGCAAAGGCUGAUGGCUUUUAACAAAUUGUACAAACACAACAGGAAAGCAAUACAGUAAAUCGAAUAUUAGAAAUAGUUUUCUUUGUUGCUUAAAUAAUCUACGUACACAAAAAUUUGUCUCACUUCUGAGCUUAUGUUCCUUGUUAAUGUUAUGGAUAACGAUGAAGACGAAGAUCGUAUUCCUAAAAGUGCUUGUCGAAUGAUUUGUGGUAAACUUCGGAAUUUUUUGUCUAAAUUUUUGUAUGAAAAUAUUUCACUGCAGAUUGUAACCUCCUUCUCCCGUUCCUUGAUUGUAGUCUAACUUCUUGUAUCUUAGUUUGCUGCAGUCCUUCGCUAUGUACCUGUAGGGUGUCAGACGAGAACCACUUUGCCAACGAUUGUUACCCCAUCUUUGCCGUCUUUGCCAAACAUCACUACCUGGAAAGAAGCUCUUGCUCAUGCGCCAAGACUACCAAAAGGAUGUUUCCUAUUCUCGAAGACUCAGGAGGACCAGUCCACUCUUUCACUUUCGUGUCAAUCCUUCCUCUGGACAAAGCAAUUUCGACUUGCUUCUAAGGUCUCUUAAAGAACAGCCUCGACAGAGUGUGGGUCGUGCCGGGUCAUUGGGUCAAACCAGACCAGCUUACUUCCAUUGACCUAUUGGGUUUGUUGGUGUUCUUCUAGAGUAGCUACCGUACUUCGUCAUCGUUUUUAUGUGUUCUGUGUUAUGAGAUCCGGAGCAGCCUCCUCAUCCGCUUGUUCUCGAAUUUCUGGUUUCUCCUUUCAGUACGGGCAAGUAGGCUCCACGUGACACAUCUGUAAAGUGAGGUUGGACAGAGGGACUUCUACAGAUUAUUCUUCUGUAAACCUGAUGUUAUGACUGCGGCAGGUCUUGUUCAACCUAGUCAUUUCCGCUGUUGUUGUCCUGUAUUCUUAAUUAAUUUGUAUUCGGAUAGACCCUUAUCUCCACUCUUUAAAAACCGUUUUGAUGCAUCUGCCAGAAAAUGAUUGAAAGAACCCACACAUAUCUAAAUACACACAUUUCCUUCACCAUGUGCAAUGUGAUAUAUAUGACAAAGGUUUUCAGCAAACACAGACACACCGAGGUUCUUGAUCUUCUACAGUGAACAGUGCUGCUUCCCUUUUCCCCCUGUACCCGGCCUGCAACCUUCCCCACCCGUUUCUCAGUCCUGUAGAGCGCGUGUUCGCGCAGACCAGUGGUUACCUGUGACGACCCACUCUUCUCUCUUUGUUUAUUAUGCUGUUUGUUAUCCCGAUCACGUGACUGCAUGCAGCUGCGAUAACCAGCAACAUUCCACCUAAACACGAAGCCUGGAAGAGGACGACGAAAUGAGAAGAUAUGAAGAGAAGACAAAAGCAUCUCACUAAAAGAAGAGUUUGAAAACAGAUUGUGAUGAGUUCAAACAAUUGCACAAAGAUGAAAAGGUUAUGGGAGUAUAACAGCCCCAACAAUGUUCUGUUCUGUCAGUUAUCUGUUUUAUUUAGGAUUUAUUAAUGGGAGAUUGUGAGGGGGAGAGGGUGUGGGUGUCUUUAAUUUGCCCUCGUCAUGACAGACCUUUGAAGUCGAUUGUAUAUAAGGGAAAUAUGUUUGUGUGAAACUGCUGGUGUGUCCGACACCACAAAUAGUUCCUGCAGUGUCGCAUUCAUUCAAGUGUGACGCGCAUGCGCACAAUUAAAAUUGUUUUUCACACACACACACACACACAAAUAACUCCGAUGUAUAUAGUAAACACUGUAAAUGUUCAACUGUUUGGAAGGUUUUUCAUCUAACCCUGACUGCUGUAAGCUCCUUAUAUUGAGGAGCGGCGACUACUUUUCACUAAACACACCAAUAAAGGCCUUGCUCACUAUGUUAAUCUCUUGGACUGAGCGGUCUGUCAUGCUAUUGUUGUUACUGCUGUUGACAGAUCUUAUGCCAAUAAAACUGUC